AUGAUACCAUCAGCGCUUCGACUCAUCAUCCCUCUGGUGACCUUUGCUUUGACAGCUUUGGCCCAAAACCGACCAGUCUACUGGGGUGAAUGCGACCCUCCUAGGGAAAACACACAAUGUGCCAUGCACAACGAUAUCCUUGACUACAAGGCACCGUGGAAUGUCUUUACCAAAGUGGCUGUGAUGCGCAUCCGAUCAAAGCUGAAAAAGCCAAAGGGUGCUGUGUUUCUCCCCAGUGGACCUGGACGAUCUGGAAUCAACCUCCUUAAGCGAUAUCUCGAUGACCCGACGCAUCAUGUGCACGAACUCCUCAGCCAGUACGAUCUCAUAGGCAUGGAUCCUCGAGGAUCGGGACAAAGCUUUCCCAUCAAAUGCAACGCAACUCUAUGGAACCGACGAGUGCCCUCGAUGGUCAAGGACGAGGUAGAAUAUGUUGCCUUGUAUUAUCAUUGGAGGGAAGUUGGCGAUGCCUGCAGGAAGAUGACGGGGAAGGUAUUCGACAAUCUGGAUACAGAAUCUGUUGCACGAGACAUGGACAGCAUACGAUAUAACCUUGAUUACAAGGAGCUGCACCUGAUCGGUAAUUCCUACGGCGCUCAUGUUGGUAUUACCAAUCUUGAAAAGGCUGUACCUUAUGCCGGCCGCCUUGUGAUUGACGGCGUCAUCGAUCAUACACACGAUCCAAUGGCAAUCAUGCAAGCGGAAUCCGCUUCUUUCGAAAUGACGCUCAAGCAUUUCUUCCAGUGGUGUCAGGGCGACGCGUUCUGUUCCCUGCAUGAUCAGACAGAUGUCGAGGGCUUCUUCAAAGAGCUGGUUUCCAAGUUCGAAGCCGCCCCUAUCCCGGCACCAAAGUGCAACCAGACGGGCGAAGGGGCAUGCCGAUCCGACGUCAGCUUGGAAGAGAUGAUGACGGCUUUGCAAAGAGAUUUGGGGCCUGGGCAGCCCGGAUGGGGCUCUUUGGCAGAUAAUCUUUUAGCAGCCUCCAAUGGUGAUGCAUCGGCCUUUUCCAUGCCAUAUUUUACAAAUAGCACCGAUUCUACGGGAACCUGGGCUACACUAGCAACUGGUUGUCUGGAUUGGCAACAUGCCCACGAUUAUCUCGAGCUGCAAGCCGCCCAGCAAACGCUGAGAGCACUUUCGCCUCUCACGCGGGGCUACUCGCAGAGCUUCAGCUUCUUUUCAAAAUGCAUCAACUGGCCAUUAGCGAAACCGGGCAUAGUACCGAAUACGAACCAGCCUAUAAACUAUCUUCAAAGAAUACAUCCUGUGCUCCUAAUCAGUUCGUUCUUGGACCCUAUAACCAGCGCUCAGAAUGCCGUGAAUAUUCGCGCCAUUAUGCCGAAAGCGACUCUUGUUUUUAAGAACUGGACCGGCCAUAUAACCUAUGACACACCUGGAGAGCUGGCGAAGAUGGUGAACAAUUAUCUGUUGACUGGAGAACUGCCCGAUGAUGGAACGGUAUACCAGUCUUAG